AUUAAUGUUUUCAAACAAACUAAAGGUAAUAAUCGAAUUCUCACGUGCACGAUAUGGCGACUGCCAAACGAUAUGGCGAUGCGGGCAAGGCACUCGGCGCAACGGCGCAAGUCGGAGCUGUCCAUCUACCACUCUCAAUAACGCAUGACGUAUAACUGUGUUGAUAUCGUCAAGUUAUACUGUGAUACCAAAUUCAUACGUUCGAAAACAUACAUACGUGGAUGCAGAGUGCAACUGUGCACGCACCACGUAGACGCGCGUUAUUUUUUUUUUCCUAUCGCGAUCGUCGGGUGAACGUUUCUCUAAUGAUAUAAAAUUGAUGCGAAGUUUCGAUAAGACCGGCGCCGCAUGCAUGUAGCUUCGUUCUGAUAUGCAAUAAAAAUACAUUAAAAAAAGAGAAAAAAACGGAAAAGAUAACCUGUCUCCCGUCAAGGCAAACGCUACUAUAAAUAUCCUUUUUUUUGCUCGCUAUGAUAGAGCGCCGCUCUAAAUUAAUUCACGUGUCUACGGCUUUAGCUUUCCGUAUCAUCUCGACCUCUCCGGUCUCGGCACGAGGCUCGCGCUCCUCCCUCGCGCGCGGAGAGAGGUAAUCCUUCGACCGAUAACGUCUCCCGUUUUAUCAUUGGUUCGCGAACUCAUGUGACAAACAAUGAUAACGCGAAUUAUAUCCGUACGUUUUAUUCGAUAUUAUAUAGUCGCUGCAAAAUCGCAUCCAGAAAUAAUCGAGUACCAUUUAAAAAAGUAACGUUUGUUCUAAUAUACGGAGCUUCUAUUGCUCGCAAGAAAGCCGUGUGAGGCGAGAAGAGUAAAAAACCCAUACGAUAUGGCACCAAGGAUAGUCGUUGUCGGUUCGUGCAUGAUCGACUUUACCAGUUUCUCUCCACGGUUGCCCAAACCUGGCGAGACGGUAAUUGGGACUAGAUUUGAAAAGAGUUACGGUGGCAAAGGCGCUAAUCAGUGUGUAACAGCUGCCAAACUUGGUGCAUCGACAGCACUUAUUGGUUCAUUAGGUUUCGACACGUUUGCUCAAGAAUACUUACAGAUUUUAAGAAAGGAAAAUGUAGAUACAUCUCGUGUGAGGACACAAAGCGAUAAGCACAGCGGUGUCGCUCACAUUACCGUUGCUGAAAAUGGUGAGAACAGCAUCGUUAUCGUGUUAGGUGCGAACGAAUCGUUGACUCCGGAAUUCGUGGAUUCCACCGCCGACAUGAUCAGAGGGGCGAGCGUUUUAUUAUGCCAGUUCGAGGUACCGCUAGCAGCCACGCUGCGCGCGUUGAAGUUACAUCGGGGCCACGGUGGACUCUCGAUUGUCAACGGGGCGCCCGCGCUGGAGAAUCCCGACCCGGAAAUCCUCAGAUUAUGCGAUAUUUUCUGCGUCAACGAGACGGAGGCGGAAGUUAUGACGGGCGUGCAAUCUGUAAACCCGUCGAACGUGCAGCAAGUCGCGGACAAGCUUCUGGCUAAGGGAUGCAACGCGGUCAUCCUUACUCUCGGACCGCUCGGAGCUGCGUACGCGUCCAAGGUGGACAGAAACGUCACGCUGAUUCCCACAAUCGAGGUCCGGCCUGUGGACACUACGGGUGCCGGGGAUGCAUUUUUGGGCGCGCUCGCAUAUUUCAAGGCGUAUCAUCCGCAACUACCGAUGGACGAGUGCAUCAGGAGAGCUUGCACGGUCGCCACGCAGUCCGUGCUUAAAUUCGGCACGCAGGCGAGCUUUCCAACGAAAAACGAUCUGCCGGGAGAUUUAUUUGCAUAAACAAGAAGGCAGUUACCUCGUAGUAGAUUAUUUACGGAUCUGAUAUUUUAUCUCCUCCGUUAUAUGUACAUAUAAUCUGAAAUCUGUUUUGUGAAAUCUUUUUAGAUUGAAUAUUUGUAGAAUAAAAGUAAAUACCCAAAGUUUUAUGUACAAAA